UUACCACCCAAAGCCUCAAAGAAGAACCAUUUCUUUCUCCAAACACAACACAUUGUCAAUUUGCCGCAUUUACAUUCACAAAGUACUUCCCUCCGUACCCAUUUUCCCAUAUCCAUAGCCAUAAAUUCGUAGUCGAUCCCAGUUUGUUUGAGAUUGAGGAAUAGUUACUACUACUAUAUAUUACUGUUAUUAUUAAUUUUAUUAUGAUUGGUAUGAUUAACUCUGUACUAACGUGCAAACAAGUAUGGCCAAAUUUGCUACAAUUACGAAAUUUACCUCAAAAGGACAAGGUUGUAGUGGUCAUGGGAGUGACCGGGGCUGGAAAAUCAAGACUCUCCAUAGACUUAGCCACUCGAUUCAAUGGAGAAAUAGUGAACUCGGACAAAAUACAAGUGUACAAAGGUCUUGAUAUCGCGACCAACAAAAUAACAGAGGAAGAACGGUGUGGUGUACCACAUCAUCUCCUAGGCGUAAUUGAUCCUUACAAAGAAUUCGCCACCAAAAACUUCUGCAGCAUGGCUUCAUUUGCUGUUAACUCUAUAACCAAACGGGCGAAACUUCCCAUCAUCGUUGGUGGAUCCAAUUCAUUCAUCGAGGCGCUUGUCUACGACAAUUCCUAUCAUUUUAGUACUAGGUACGAUUUUUGUUUUCUAUGGGUGGACGCAUCGAUGAACGUGCUAAAUUCCUUCUUGUACGAACGAGUUGAUAAGAUGGUCGAUCAAGGAAUGGUGGAGGAGGUAAGAAACUUGUUCAAUCCAAAAAACAGGGAUUACACCAAAGGCAUUCGUAAAGCCAUUGGUGUCCCCGAAUUUGACAGUUACUUUCGUGCUCAACUGUCAAAUUCCGUGGACAGACAGACUCGCGAGAGACUGCUAAAGGAAGCAAUUAAUCAAGUGAAGAUCAAUAAUUGUAUACUAGCAAGCAAACAGUUGGUGAAAAUAAAAAGAUUGAUUAACGUUAAGGGAUGGAAAAUUCAUCGAUUAGAUGCAACUGAAGUUUUCAGAAAAAAGAGGAAAGCAGACGAAGAAGAAGCAGAGGAAAUAUGGAAGAAUAUGGUGAUGGGACAAAGCAUAAAGAUUGUGGGUAAAUUUUUAUACGAAAAUUAUAGGAAUUCUAUGGUUUAUAAAAGUGAUGGGACAACCAUUGCAGCGUCGGCCAUGGCAGCAGCAUCUAACUAUUAAAGCAAAAAAAAAAAAAAGAGUUAAUGGUCGAAAAUACACAUAAAUGAAUUAUCACUUUUUUCGCGAGUUUCAUAUCUCAACUAUACAUUGUUCAAUUUAUCAACCUAAACUAUCAUUCGGCUUGUAUUAAAAUAUAUGUUGAGUUGGUCUGCACACCCAAAUAUUUGACCAGCUCAACAUUGAGGUAUAUUUUAAUAGAAUGAUAGUGAUAGUCUAGGCACAUAAAGAGAAUAAUCAAUAGAUAAUGUAUGAAAUUCACGAAAAAAUAACAAUUUAACUGUGUUUUGUACCAUCACCUCAACAAGAAAAAGCAAGUUGUGUGUAUGCAUUAAUCUGAAGACCUUUUUUUGUAACUUAGUCGAGCAUGAUCACCAGUUUUGGGAGAUAACGUUCAUAUAUGUCCACCACAGUAGCUAGCUGUUUAGCAUCAUAUAGUUUAUUUUAUUUUUCACUGAUCACUAUUGUAACUACAAAAAGACUGUAACCCUUUUAAAUGAACAUUGAAUGAUAAUAAAUAACUAUUGUUUUUUCACAA